AUGCCUACCGAAGGACCAACAUUGGACGACCGUGGUCUGGCGACACUUUCCCGGUCGUCAAGGAUCGACCAAUUUCUCGCUGGUAACGGUGGACCUCCGACCUCCCCAACUAUCCGAGGAUCGUCCGGUGGUUCCGGUAGUGGAAGCGCUCGGACACCUUCCUCCUCUUCCAGCGGGUACGAAAGCCAGCUCGCCUUCCAGCACCAUAUGAUGGCGUCCGGUGGUGGACCACCACCACAGCACCAUGGUCGCGAGAGUUCCGCCUUCGUUCCCGUACUGCCAUCGAGAGCGCUAAGGCCCAGCCUAUAUCCUGGUGUACUGGAUGGUCCUCCGGACGGGCUCUCGAAGGACGGUGUACCAAAGCGAGGUUCCAGCUACGAACUGAUGGCCAUGAUGGCUGAUAAGCGAAAGGAACUCGCGUUACGGGAGGCAGCCGCCGCCGCUAUGUUGCUUCCCCGACCGGGUGGACCACCGGUGCAGUCUCCAUCGGGGAUUUAUCCACCGCCUGGAGCAUUCCUGGGCGGACCUGGUCCGUCGCCUACCUCGGCUGGAACGUUCACGUUUCCUCCGGCUGGUUUAUAUCCACCGGGAGUUCCACCCGGUAUGCAUGCCGGACUCGAUCGUAGACUAUUGCGCGCACCCGGACGUGCUUCGCGGCCGAAAAAACAGUUCAUCUGUAAAUUCUGCAACCGACAGUUCACCAAAUCGUACAACCUGCUGAUCCACGAGCGAACGCAUACGGACGAGCGACCCUACUCCUGUGACAUCUGUUUGAAGGCAUUCCGGAGGCAGGAUCAUCUGCGCGAUCACCGAUACAUCCACUCGAAGGAAAAGCCAUUCAAAUGCACCGAAUGUGGCAAAGGUUUCUGCCAGUCGCGAACGCUCGCCGUCCACAAGAUCCUGCACAUGGAGGAAUCACCCCACAAGUGUCCGGUGUGCAAUCGGAGCUUCAAUCAGCGCUCGAACCUGAAGACACACCUGCUCACCCACACGGACCACAAGCCGUACGAGUGCAACUCGUGCGGGAAAGUCUUCCGCCGGAACUGUGACCUACGACGCCACGCGCUGACGCACACGGUCGGUGAUGUGCCGUCCGAAGCGCUCGAUGUUGGGGUGGACGACGAUGGGCAUCAGCUGAGCGGGGACGAAGAUGAGACGGUACUGGAAGUAGACUCGCCCGUACACUCACCGGCUGGACGACACCGCUCCGUAUCGCCACCGCUCGAUAUGCCUGUGUCGGCGGAGCUGGACGAUGACGAUCGUGAGGAGGACGAACGGCGACCGGAACUGGAAGCACGCCGAACCCAUCACGACGACGAAGACGAAGAAGAUGGGGAUGAAGAGGAAGAUGAUUUGAUCAGUGUGGCGGGCCAUGAACCCGAUCCUACUCCGGUCGUACAGUGUCACCACGAACGACCGAUGGGUUCGAAGAGUCCGUACACGAUGCGUCCGCAGUACGAUCACGGCAGCCGAUCGUCGAUGUCUUCCCAAUCUUCACAGCAUUCCAACUCAAUGCAUCCCAUCGGUGCACAUGGUGAAGACUCGCGCGACAGUGGGCCACUCUCGAUGCCACACCCAUCCGCACACGCACCGGACGUGUUCGUCCCGAUGCUUCAUGUACGACGUGAUCUCCACCACAAGAUGGGACUGAUUGGUCGUGCCUCUGCCACCAUCACAAGUGGAUCAGGUGGAGGACUUCUUGAUAAUGGUGGAGCUUUUCUCAGUCACAUCCCACUCCGUAAGCGUGCUAUGGGUCCUGAUGGAGAGCCACAUCCAAUCAUGAGUCGCGGUGUCCCCAUGCAUCCUAGCGCUCGAGUACAUCAUAAAACCCAUCUACCUGAGGACGUGCACUCGGGACCACCGGACUCACCGCAUCGCGAACCGUUGCCACUGAUAUCGCCGUCAGUACCGUCUGCUUCACCGGUACUACUCUCACCUCAUCUUCCACCUGGCCUUGCUCUUCCACCGCCACCGCCUCCACCAGCAGCACCCAGCUCGAUGGCAGUUCCGAUCAAUCUAGCGAACCUAUCCAACUUGCCUGUCGUGUUGCCACCGGCCGGUACCUCAACGAGUUCAAUAGGUGGCAGUGGACCUGGAACCAGUUCAGUAGCAUCUCCUCAUCAUCAUCAUACGGGUGUAGUGCCAUCACAAGCGACAUCCUCCAACACACCGAAAAGUGGGCCCUCCUUAACGUCCGCUCCUCCAUCCGCAACGAGUACAGCAGCUCAGGGAGUAGUGGCCCCGCCACCACCACAACCACAACCACGUAAGACCGGCUUCAGUAUAGAGGACAUCAUGCGCCGCUAG